UUAAAUUAACCUUGAAACGACCUAAGACGAACAAAAUAUUUAUUUUUGUUCUGCUUAUUGAUUAGAGACGUUAUAUUUUCAGAAAUAGUUUGAAGUUUCAUUACAUAAAUUAAGUUCAUGAUGAGAAGUAGAAGUAAUUCAGGCGUACGCCUCGAUUAUUAUCAAAGAAUGGUUCAGAAAAUAAUACUUUUACAUCAGAAUCCAGUGACUGGUUUGUUCCCUGCAGGUCCUGAAAAAAAUCAUGCAUGGAUUCGAGAUAAUGUGUACUGUAUCUUAUCAGUUUGGGGUAUUUCGAUGGCAUAUAAAAAAACAGCAGAUCAAGAUGAAGAUCGAGCAAAGACCUAUGAGUUGGAACAGACGUGUGUUAAAUUAAUGAGAGGGCUUCUCAUGGCCAUGAUGCAGCAAAAAGAUAAGGUGGAACGUUUUAAGCAAACUCAGAAUCCAUUAGAUUCAUUACAUGCCAAAUAUUCAUCACAAACAGGUCAGAUUGUUGUAGGAGACAAUGAAUGGGGGCAUUUACAAAUAGAUGCUGUUUCCCUUUACCUCUUGAUUUUAGCCCAAAUGACUGCAUCUGGUUUACAAAUAAUAUUCAAUCUAGAUGAAGUUGCUUUCAUACAAAAUUUAGUAUUUUACAUUGAAUGUGCUUAUUGCACUCCUGAUUAUGGCAUAUGGGAAAGAGGUGAUAAAACUAAUCAUGGUUUACCUGAAUUGAAUGCUAGUUCAAUUGGAAUGGCAAAAGCUGCAUUGGAGGCUAUGAAUGAAUUAGAUCUUUUUGGGGCUAGAGGUGGACCUUAUAGUGUAAUACACAUCUUAGCAGAUGAAGCUCAAAAAUGUCAAGCAGUGUUGCAAUCUAUGCUACCAAGAGAAUCAAGCUCAAAGGAAAUUGAUUCUGGAAUAAUUUCUGUUAUAAGCUUUCCUGGAUUUGCAGUUGAUGAUCCAAUACUUAUUCAACAUACUAGAGAAACUGUGUUAUCCAAGUUGCAAGGUCGUUAUGGAUGCAAGAGGUUUCUAAGAGAUGGUUAUAGAACUCCAAAAGAGGACCCAAGAAGAUUAUAUUAUGAACCUUGGGAGUUGAGAAUGUUCCAGAAUAUUGAAUGUGAAUGGCCAUUAUUCUUCUGUUAUUUGAUUAUAGAUCAUUGCUUCCAAGGAAAUAAGGAAACUGCUGUAAAUUACCUAAAUCAGUUGGAAAAGAUAAUGAUCAGAGCAGAAGAUGGAAUAAAAUUAGUACCAGAAUUGUAUGCAGUCCCUAAUGAAUUUGUACAUAAGGAAUAUGAAGAACCAGGAACCCAAGAAAGAGUUCCUUUAGGUUUAUGCCCUUUUCUUUGGGCCCAGUCUUUAUAUAUUGUUGGUAAACUACUUCAAGAGGGUUUUUUAGCCCCUGGUGAAUUGGACCCUCUCAAUAGAAGAUUAUGUUCUGAAAAAAAACCUGAUGUUGUUGUCCAAGUAGUGAUUCUCGCAGAAGAUGAUGAUAUCAGAGAUAAACUAGCAGAACAUGAGAUUCUUGUUCAAACAAUAGCUGAAGUCUCACCCAUUGAAGUGCAACCAGCUAGAGUAUUAUCACAUUUGUAUACCUAUUUAGGGAGGAAUAAGAAAUUGGGUUUAACUGGUAGAAAAUCCCGAGAUGUGGGUAUUUUGAGCACUAGUAAGUUGUAUGCUCUAGGGGAUAAAAUAUUCGCUUUCACUCCACAGAAUUUUGACAUGGAUGAAUAUUAUACUAGUUAUGAUUCUGCCCUGUUGGUUGACAAAAUUAUGACCCAUUUUGCCUUCUUGAGUAUGAAUUGGAAACACAUGCUUGGCAGACCUACCAUCAUAUUGGUCGCUACACAAAACCAUUUAGAUGACGGAAAAAUACCUCUUGCUAUGAUAACAACCAUGAAAAAAUUGAAAUCAGGCUAUAUAAGUGGCACAAGAGUGACCCUGGGAAAUUUAUCAGAAUUUCUCAAUACAAGUUGCAUAACAAACUUGAGUUUUUUAGGGUGCCAAGAAGACGGCCUUCCGGAUAAAUUGAAUCCCCAAGUUCAAAAUUACUUGGAAGAUCAUCUUUUCAAAUCGUUGUCCUCCAGAUCGUCAAUUUUGGAAACGCCAGCCGGUGGAAAAUCAAAAGCAAAACAUCUGAAGAGAAAGAUGUCAAUUAGAGGAGCAGUUAAGAAAACUAGAUCUAUAAAUAUUGAUGCUGAAACCUUAGGCAUGGAGAGUAACAGUAUUCUGGAAAGAAGAAGUUCAGCCUUUUUCUGCCUCAGUGCCGAUACAGUGGACAGUACUCCGAUACAACAGUCUUCAGGCAAACAAGUAUCUAAGACUCCUUGCAAAACAGCAGUUCCAGUCAUCAAUGUUGCAAGGUAUAAAACAACUUCUGAAACCGAAUAUGCAGAUACAGAGGUCGAUGAGCUUUUUGCCAUGUUGAGAGAAUCUGACUCCCUCGAAGAGCAAGGCGAUAUUUUGCAGUAUCUGGUAGAUUCUCGAGGACUGGAUUUCAAUACUGGAAUGUUGGAGAAAGGAAAGGUAGUUACCGUAAAGGAUCUUCUUAAGGGACUUUAUCAGAAAGCAUGUCAACAUAAACUUUGGGGCUUGGUCAGGCAUACAGCAGGUAUGCUCGGUAAACGGGUAGAAGACCUAGCCAAGGCAGUAACCGAUUUACUUGUGAGACAGAAGCAAAUAACAGUUGGGAUGCCACCCAAUAAUGAACAUACCAUCACAGCACCCUUACCCGAAAACGACCUUCGUCUUCUCAUUCAUGAAGCUUAUGGAGAAGACGAUAGUACAGCAAUGUUGACUCAAGAACUCCUGGUUUAUUUAGCUAUGUUUAUUCGCACUGAGCCCCAACUGUUCAUGGAAAUGCUAAGAUUAAGAGUGGGCCUGAUCAUACAAGUUAUGGCAUCUGAACUAGCUAGAACACUUAUCUGUGAUGGGGACGAAGCAUCUGAGCAUUUACUCAACUUGAGUCCCUUCGAAAUGAAAAAUUUACUUCAUCAUAUUAUCAGUGGAAAGGAAUUCGCCAUUAGUAGUGUUGGCAGGGGGAAUUUCUCUAUUGUGACCAACAAAUCUAGUCGAAUAAGCAAGAAGAGUCAUAUUACUGUUACUCAUGAAAAUGUAUAUGAAGAAGUGGAGCCUGAUAGACAAGGACAGUGGCUCCGACGUAGGAGACUUGAUGGUGCUUUGAAUAGGGUACCUAGGGAUUUUUAUCCUAGAGUCUGGAGUGUAUUGGAGAGGUGUCAUGGAUUAGAUAUCGCGGGUAAAGUUUUGCCUCAAAGUCUUACCCAAGAAAUGACUCCGGGUGAACUAAAAUUUGCAUUGGCGGUUGAGACUGUCUUGAAUACUAUACCGCAGCCCGAGUAUCGUCAAUUGAUUGUUGAAGCUCUCAUGGUACUCACACUUACAUCAGAAUACAAUGUUGCCCCCACACUUGGAGGCAUUAUUCUUGUAGAGCAGUUAGUACAUAUUGCCAACAAAUUGUUUCUUGAAGAUCAAAUGAAGUGCGAUGGGGAUGCCACUCUCUGUUGUGCUAAACUAACAAGAGAAACAACUACUAGUGGAGGCCUUCUUUGUGGAGGGGCAGCAUAUAUUUGUCAACACUUUUACGAUAGUGCCCCAAGCGGGAGUUAUGGAACAAUGACCUAUAUAACUAGAGCAGUUGCUGAAACUUUGAAUUGUUUCCCUACACAUGGAGAGAUUGAUUGUACCAUUUGCUAGAAUUGAAUAUACGUUUUUAUGAAUGUGACAGUGAAAAUCAAGGUUCAAAAUGGGUAUACUAUUGAUUCAUUCAUUUUAGUUCAUUUGGAUAAUUUAUUUUACUUCCUUAAGUUGAUUAAUUCAGUGAUGUCUGAAUUUAUAAUAUUUUUGUGCCAUAACUUUAUAUUAUACCUUUAUUGUUCAUUAUUUACAAUUUUGUGAUAAGAAUCUUCUAGAAAUAAUUAAAUUUUAUUCAGUA